AUGGGUAAGAAGGUUCCUAAGAGUGAAUCAACUGCUUUCAAGUUUCCCAUUGAACUUUAUUCGUUAAAUGAGAAUAGUGAGAAGCACAAUUACGAAUUCAUUCCAUAUCCAGAGGUCGAACAGGACUCCAAAGUGAUACUCAUCAACAAGUUCUUUGACAAGAAACUAUGUGAUGUGUUGAUCCGUCAUAUUUCAGGCUCAAACGUCAUGGAAUCUUUCUCGCAACGUGGAACUAAAGACUUCGCCGCAAGAGCCAACGAUAGGUUUUCUAUCACUGACGAAGAAAUAGCUUCCAUUAUUUGGUCAAGGAUUCAAAAAUGCCUGUUACAAGAUCCGUACAUUGCUGAUGAUCUACAGUUCAGCACUGCAAAGGGUCUUAACCCGCAGUUACGAGUUUACAGAUAUGAGAAGGGCCAUCAUUUUGGGAGGCAUUAUGAUGAAUCUGUAAACGUUCCCAGGAUGGGAACCACUCAGUGGACUUUACUUAUAUAUCUAUCAGGAGAUUCUGAACUGAUAGGGGGUGAUACGAUCUUCUACUCAGCAUGGAAUAAUGCUGCUAGCAACGUCCAUCCGUCAAAAGGUUUGGCUUUAUUGCACAAGCAUGGCGAUGACUGCUUAUUGCACGAGGCUCAAUUGGUGGAAAAGGGAACCAAGUGGGUCUUAAGAAGCGAUGUAGUGUUCUAA